GCUAGUUUUAUUUUGUGAUUACAUAAAGUACAUCUAAAAUGUAUUUUGUAAGAAUGUUAUCAAAAUUUGUGCUACACAAUUUUUAUCGCCUUCUUUUAAUUGUUUUGUGUUUAUCGGUCUUCUUAAUUUAUAGUUUUGAUAACAUAAAAACGUUUAAGAUCUAUACUAGUGAUUACUUAAAACUGGAAAAAACUUAUGAAAAUGUAGAGCUUUACUUUGAAAAGCGAAAGAGCUGGAACACAUCUAAUCUUGGAACGAUACUGUUUAAAAACAAAAAUCCUCCCGACUUACCCAAAACGGAUCGGGUUUAUAAAAUACUCGUGUGGAAAUACUGGAAAUGGCUUCAAAACCGACACGUCUUUAACUUUGACAGAAACAGGACGGCGGACCCUUUACGCAACUGCGGUGUCAGGAAUUGUUUGUUCUCUGGAGACUCGGAAGACAUCUAUACAGCUGAUGCUGUGGUCAUCCACAUCCAGAAGGGCCAGUUCCCGAAUGUCACCACCAGAAACCUUAACCAGCGGUGGAUAUUUCUCAGCGACGAAUCUCCCACAAACGCGUUCUCUAUGGCUCCAGCAAGACCAAAGUUGAAGGAUCUAGCGGGAUUAUUCAACUGGUCUAUGACUUUUAGAAGCGACUCAGAUGUGCCGGUGCCAUAUGGACGAACAAUUCAGCGUAUAUUACCUCACACAUCACAAGUGCCUUUUUGGGGACAAAAACGACGGGACACAUUCGUCACGAUACUAAUAUCAAACUGUGCUGUAUCACGACGAAUUGAAUACUUAAAGGAGCUCGAGAAACACAUAGAAGUCGAUAUAUACGGCAAAUGUUCGAAAGAUCACAAGGAGAGCUGCCCCGGCCACUUUUCAGCGGACUGCAAAGUGAUGGCGGAAUACAUAUUCUAUCUAGUGUUUGAGAAUUCAGAAUGCCAUGAAUAUUUAACGGAAAAGGGCUUCUAUCACGCGUACAGUAAAGGCGCUAUUCCCAUAAUCAUGGGUCCUUCGGUGCAAGAAUGCGAAGCGCUGCUGCCACCGAAUUCUUUUCUGCACGUCGACAAUUAUAGAAGCGCGGCUGACUUGGCCAAUCAUAUUAAGUCUAUAAGCGAGGAUGAGUCGAAAAUUCUGGAAUACCAUGCCUGGAGGAAUGACUUUGAAGUGGUGAACGAGCACGGGUAUUUCGGUUCUCCGUCCUACCAUUUCUGCAGAGUGUGUGAAGCUCUGAACUAUAAUGACAAAAGUAUAAAAAUUUACGAUGAGGAAAUGCUGAAGACGUUUUUAGAUCCAGCUUUAUCUUGUAGAUGAGUGUGUGCAACAAUAGUAGAAAAUGUAUUUGGAAUAGUCAACAGUAUUAUAAAAAUCUGAUCCAGGACAAUGGAUAAUUCAGUUCCUCUUCGACUAAUUAUUCCCUGAUUAAGUUAUUUAACAUAUUUAUUAUAAACUUAAACACUUUCA